ACGUCAUAUUACUCCUAUCCACGGUGAGGCUCUCUUCUACGUGGCGCAUCCUCUACCGGAAGUUCUCUCUUCUGAAUCGACGACUUGUCUAAGGAUUCCCAAACGCCGUCGCAUGAGUUUGAAACUCGGCAACAUUACUUAAUCUAACAUCUCUCUCUACACCAAAUCAGUAAAAACAAACAAAAUGUUCCUCUUAAAGACAUGGAGAUCAACCGCAUUCGGAAUUUACGGCUACAUGAACUUCACAAAGAACGGUUUCCUAGAGCAUUCGAAGAAGUUUAAACCUGAGGAUAUGCAAAUACAAAUAGAAGGAAAGAAUUGUGUGGUUACUGGUGCUAAUUCUGGUAUUGGUUACGCCGCUGCUGAAGGUCUUGCUUCACGUGGUGCAAAUGUUUAUAUGGUGUGCCGGAACAAAGAAAGAGGACAAGAGGCUCUUACUAAGAUUCAAAGCUCAACUGGAAACCAGAAUGUGUACCUAGAAGUGUGUGAUUUGUCUUCCGUUAACGAAAUAAAGUCAUUUGCUACGAGUUUUGCUUCAAAGGAUGUUCCGGUUCAUGUUCUGGUUAAUAAUGCCGGUUUGCUUGAGAACAAACGUACAAUUACACCUGAAGGGUUUGGUCCUAGACUCUCAGUUAUCUUUCUUGAGUCAACUCAUCUUGAUUUUAUAUCUCUUUGCUCGUUUGUUUAUAUCAGAUUCGAGUUAAACUUCGCGGUCAAUGUACUCGGAACGUACACAAUGACAAAGCUGAUGCUUCCACUGUUGGAGAAAGCGUCACCAGACGCCAAAGUCAUCACUGUUUCCUCUGGUGGAAUGUACACUUCACCACUUACAACAGAUCUUCAGUUUAGUGGUGAAAAUUUUGAUGGAGUGUUGCAAUACGCACGGAACAAACGAAUCCAGGUGGCUCUGACUGAGAAAUGGGCUGAAAAAUUCAAGAACAAAGGCAUAGGGUUCUACUCAAUGCACCCUGGAUGGGCUGAGACACCUGGUGUGGCAAAGAGUUUGCCGAGUUUCAAUGAAUCGUUCUCUGGUAAACUUAGAACAAGUGAAGAAGGAGCAGAUACAAUCGUUUGGUUAGCAUUGCAGCCUAAAGAGAAACUAGUCUCUGGUUCAUUCUAUUUCGAUAGAGCGGAAGCAACAAAACAUUUGACGCUUGCAGGUACAAGCAAGUCUCAUGACCUUAUAGACUCAGUCAUUGAUACUGUGCAUUCAAUGGCAGCUCUUGAUCCUUAAUCUCCAUCUUCGACACGGAUUUUUUUUUCUCGAAAAUAAGUUGUGAUUGCAGGUAAAAGUAUGGAACUUUUCUCUCUUCUGUGGAGUUAUUAUUUAUUGUACUGAUUAUUUAUAGCUUUUACUCGUUCAAUAGUAUCAGAACAGAAGCAAGCAUUAUAGUUAUAGA